CGCGACACCGGCAUCUCCUCCAAGGCCAUGAGCAUCAUGAACUCGUUUGUCAACGACAUCUUCGAGCGCAUCGCUGCCGAGGCCUCUCGCCUGGCCCACUACAACAAACGCUCCACCAUCACGUCCAGGGAGAUCCAGACCGCAGUGCGCCUGCUGCUCCCCGGUGAGCUGGCCAAGCACGCCGUGUCUGAGGGCACCAAGGCCGUCACCAAGUACACCAGCUCCAAGUAAACUGAUCCUGCUGU